GAAAGGAACAUCGAAACGAGGCUCGGCCCGACGCUUACGCACGCGAGGGCAGAGCUCGCGAGGGCACAAGCGAAAGCGAAGAUGAGCGGGUACGCGUUGAAUGCGUGUAUUGGGGCGCAAGUCAUUCUUGGUGCGCUUACGACGGGCGUCGCGGCUGCCACGACGGGUAAACACACCUCCAUAGCAACCUCCAUCCUUGGCGGUCUUUCUACACUCGCCGCCUCCUAUCUUGCGCGCGCCCGUGGGUCCGGUCAGCCUGAGCGCAGCAUCGUGCGCGCGCACGAUCUGCAACACUUCAUCCGCGACUGCGAGGCAUUCCUGCUCGACUGGGGGUACCACACAGGGACGGACUUUGAACACGAGGUGCGCCGGUACCGCAUGCGGCUCGAGGAGAUCUUGAGCGAUGGCACGAACGUGGACGGCACGAGCGUGGGCCCAAGGGGCAUGGUUGGCGCGGCGCCG